UCACGGCCUGAGCAAACAAUAUUAACGCAGAACUGUCAUUACACGAGAGUGAACAGGCCCUGGUCUGUGCCUUGUUCUAUGAAGUAGGAGAAUCAAUAAUUCUAGUUCUUUUUUGUGUUAUAUUAAAGUCAAUGCUCUCAAAUAUAAAUCUAAGAACAUGAAUUCGGUCAUACAUUUAGGGGUCGAAGACAUGACCGCUACAGUAGUCAAGGUUCUCCUGUUUUUAGGAGCUCUGUUUCAAAUGGUUUGUCUGGGAGCCUGUAUUUUUGUGAAGGAAACCGCUAACGACAGUAAUUGGGCACCAAGGGAAAGUGAAGACGACAGUUCAAAUCAAAACACCCCGCAAAACACACCUCGCAGACCUUACCAUAGAGCAGGUAGAAAAGUGGAAAAAAAGAAAAGACGUUGAAUGAAGUUCUGCCCGGAAGCUGUAGUUUUGUACUGCAAAGUGCCAAUAAAAUUUGAUUUUUUAGGACAUAAAUUCCACUUUGUUGUCUCAGCCAUUUAUUCAAAAGUAAAAGUGGUAUGAAACUUUUGUGUUUAGAAAUACAUUUAACGCCUCAGAUGACACAUGGAUUUAUUUUUUCAAUACAGAUACAGUAUUAAUAUAAUAUGCAUUUAUUGGAACAGUAAGUAGUAUAGUACCUAAAAAAUAACAUUGUAGUAUUUUAGUAAAUACCCAAUAUACAUACUGUAACAUUUACAUAUAAAUUAUAAAUAUGUA